UAAAUCUCCUCGUAGAAUCAGCCGGCCGACGCGCGGCUCCAUGGAUUCCUGUGCGAUACGCGUCGAAAUGCCUGUGACCGGCCAAGAAUGCCCGCCUCAGGAAACGAAGCCAAUCAAGGGCAAGUCGCCGGUGGACAAGACGCUGUCGGGCGCGUCGGACCUGCUGAAGCUGCUGCCGACGGGCACGGUGCUGGCGUUCCAGGCGCUGGCGCCGUCCUUCACCAACCAUGGCGUCUGCCACACGGCCAACCGAUACCUGGUGCUGGUGCUCAUCGGCGGCUGCGCCCUCUCCUGCGUGCUCCUCUCCUUCACGGACAGCCUCGUCGGCCGCGACGGCAAGCUCUACUACGGCAUCGCCACGUUCCGGUCCUUCUACCCGUUCAACUUCGCCGGCGCGCCCGCCGAGCGGGAUGCCAUGUUCAACGACCUCGGCCGGUUCAGGGUCAACGGGCUGGACUUCGUGCACGCCGUCUUCUCCGCGGUUGUGUUCCUGGCGGUGGCCGUCGCCGACGCCAGCAUACAGAGCUGCAUGUUCCCGAACGCCGGGGCGGACGUGAGGGAGCUGCUGGUGAACCUGCCGCUCGGGGCGGGGUUCCUGUCCAGCGUCGUGUUCAUGAUCUUCCCCACCACCAGGAAAAGCGUCGGCUACACGGACAUGACGCCCCACUCCCACUCGCAGUGAAGUGAAGCUCGUACCAACAUACUCUCUCCGUAAACUAAUAUAAGAACAUUUAAAACACUACUUUAAUAAUCUAAACACUUUUAUACGAAGUACAGUAUUAGUUUACAGAGGGAGUACUACGUAUCUCGAUUGGAAGCAUAUAUGAAAACCCGAAAAUGCAAAGACGCAUGUUAUGCAUGUAUCUCCAUCACUAGCUAGCAUCAUGUAUUCAUGUGAGAGCGGGAAAGGAUAGAAACUUGUACGAAUCAUGCCACUUCAACGUCAAUAUAUGUAUGUCAGCAUGGCCAUUUGCCAUCUUC